AUGAAGGUCCUUGGCCUAGACAUGGAUCCCGAAGCUGCUCCUUCGAAGCCCCCGUCCAAGCACAGAGACAGAGGCGACCAAUGCCAAUGUGUCAUUCUAAUAAUUGUCGCAUGUCUGACCUUGGCAGCUUUUGUCUAUGUCGCCGUUCGCCAGCUCAUCGUCGAUCCCGACCUGAAUUUCGGGAGCGCAAAGUUCAGCAUGGAGCCCGUGUCCCACGCCGGGAUAUAUCGCAACGACUCGUCGCCGGCUUUCAACGUCACGCUGCACGCCAGGAGCUCCUACAAGCACAGCUUCUGCAGCGACCACAGAGGCGGGGACGUGCAGGCGGUGUACUCGGGCAUCACCGUCGCCAUGGGCCACGUGCCGCCCUUCUGCGUGGAGCCCAAAGGUUCGAUCGCCAUGACGGCGGCUGCCUCGUCAGGCUGGCUGGCUAUGCCAGCUUCGCUGCAAGAGCGUAUCGACCAUGACAGGAGGAACGGCGGGGUGGAACUGGAGGUCGAUCUCAGCUUCGCCAACGAUAUCAAGGGCUUAGUAUGGGUGCGCUGCCGUGCCAAGUUGGAUGCCACGACCACAUCACCAUGCAAAUCUUUUGGUCUGGGAUACAUUUGUUUGUGA